AUGAUUUUUUUCCAAGUCUGUGGAUGUGUGACGAACAAUCGAAAAAAAGCUCCUGGACAAGGCGAAUGGCGACAGGCCGCCGGGUUCACGGCUCAUCAUCGAGCAGGGAACUUUUUGCCUCCAAAGUCUGGUGGAUCAUCAAAAACGCCUUUCAGGUUCUUUUAAUUUUGAAUUGAAACUAUUUCUCAUUUUAUAAUGUUCGAAUCGAAAUUUUCAUUUAUUUUUUGUAUCAAAAUGUUUAUUUUUUACAAUACAGUACUAAAUUGACGGAAUAAAUGUGAGGAAAAUAUAGAAAAGUUAAAAGUUGCGGGAAGCGUAUCGUGUCAUUUUUGGCUUUGAUUUUGAGAAUGGAGCGAAAAAUGACUUGAAAAAUUUUUUUGUUUCAAAAGAAAAUUCUUGAUCAAAAUUUCAGUUGUUUGCAUAAGAUUUUUAAUUUUCUGUGGUGAUCCCUUUCAUUUUGAAGAGAAAAUAAUAUCAUAUCUGCAGGAUGGCCAUGUGCAUGUGCCUCGUGACCGUGUUUUUCGCCACCUAUUUCGGAUUUAUGCUGCCAGUUAUGUGGGCCAAGACUAUAUGGUUAGUUCCUGACCAUACCCUCGAAAAUAUUUCAUUUUCAGGCCCCGACUCUACUGGUUCGUGGAAGGAAAGCUGUACCGCUGGCUGCAAAGUUUCAUCGCCUAUUGGGGCUACACGGCAGGAUAUGAUGGUUUUUUUCUUUCUAUCUUAUCAAUUCCCCAUCCUAAUAUUGAUGAUCUAGCAGAUAACUUGUUUUUAUGAGAUUAGGCGAGUUUUGAAACUCGUGGUACUUUUAUCGACGUCAUCGAAACGUUAUCAGGGAAGAAAGAACGCGUUUUUUGAUCUAUUGUAGCACUUUUAAUCAGUUGUGCCAUUCUGGAACACUAGAGAGAACUUGAUAUUAUGUAUUGCAGAUAUAUUUGACUUUUUGAUUGGAUAAGUCAUAGCAAAGACUGGAUUUCAUUCGAUUUGAAUGAUGGGAGAAUAAGAGUUUAUGAAUUUUCAGUCAUUUUUCGCUCUGAAAGGUUGAAGAGAAGCUGAAUUUUUCAAACGAAACUUGAUUGUAUGAGGAAUCUGAAUUGAUUCGUAGUCUUAUUUAGUCUACGAAUACGGAGAUGACGUGAAGACGUACUACCGGGACGAGAGAGUCCUUCUGAUGUGCAACCAUCAAUCGACGGCCGACGUUCCAACUCUCAUGACGUGUCUUCAGAACAAGGGCGUCGCCAGUCGCAAGGUUUUUUGAAUUCCAUCAAAGAAAUUAUCACUGUUUCUUCAGUUUUAGAAAACAAAGUUUGGUAUGAAGACACUAUUAUGCAGUAAAAACAUAAAAGGUUUUUGGUGAUAGAUCAAAUAAUCUUUGAAAAGGAGAAAAAGCUCCACUCAGUAGAUGCUGAACUUGGCGGAAGGAAAGCAGUAAGAACUUUUUGGAAAAUACUUCCAAGUUAUAAUACCCGUAAUGAAAAAUCUAUCUGCCUUUUUUAAAUUGAAAAGCUCAAAAUCUUCGAAACAAAACUGCUUUUUCAAACUUUUUCCAAACUGUUUAAUUAACCGAAAUUUAAAAAUGCUCUAUCAUUUCAUUUUUGAUACUAUAUAGCAAUCCGAGGAUUUUUGAUCUAUUUCAGAAAAAGAACGUGAAAAAAAUUUUUUUUAGUAGAGCACAAAAAAAUGGAAGUGUGUGAGAAGAAGCUGUCUUGAAAUUUCUAAGAUUUUCCAGAGGAAAUUUUAUUUAUAAAAAAAAUGAAAUUUUUUCCCAUAAGGGAUAUUUUUCAGACCUUGUGGCUGAUGGACGUGAUGUUCCGCUGGACACCCUUCGGUAUCAUUGGAAACAAUCACGGCGAUUAUUUCAUCCGGCAAGGAAAAGCGACGCGUGAAAAGGAAAUCGACAGGUUUUCGAUUAUGAAUUUUCCAAGCUCUAUCCAUACAUAGGAAAGUACAGAACUCAAUCAACGGAAAAGUAGGGGUUAGCUUGCAAAAAUUUAACCGGAAUAUCGUGGCUUUAAGUUAAGAAAAUGGGAAAAGAGUUUCUUUUUUUUGAAAAUCCCACAUUACUAUCUAAAAUGUGUUCUCUUUUCCAGAUUGAAACUUCAUCUUCAGUCCGUCUUCUGGAACCGCGAUCGUCGUUGGGUCAUCCUCUUCCCAGAAGGCGGUUUCUACUACAAACGCGUCGAAUCCAGUCAAGCGUGCGUUUUUUUUUUGCAUGGUUUUAUUUGUGUUAGAGACGAUCAUGAAGCGGUUUCACCGAGAAAUUAUAUAUUUUUGACCCCUUUCUGAAACUUCAAUGUGUUCUAAGAAGUUUGAAUACGCUCUUUUUUUCACAAAUAUAUAUUUUCAAAAUAGAUUUUUUCUUUAAAUUUUAGCUAUCAAACUUUCUCGCAUUCCCAAAUUGUAUUGUUCGAAAUUCGGUUCAUCCAGUAGUACUUCUUCCAAUUUUCGAAUCGAGCAAUUAAUAGUUUGAGCAGAAACAUUUUUCAGAUACGGCAAGAAGAACAAUUUCCCGCAUUUGCUGUACACGACGCUGCCGAGACAAGGCGCCGUUCAAGCGAUUCUGGAAGAGGUAAGCAUUUUGUUCAUCUCCUGAAGGGAAAAAAAUGAUAGGAAAAUGUUUUUUCUGAGAGAGUAAACUCAAAACGAAUCAAGUCUUGAGUUUGUCAAUUUUUGCCGGCUAAUUAUUUAUUGAAAGUUUCCAGGAGUCGCUACUCUGUCUUCUUUCCAUAUUUGCACCAUCUUUCAUUCUUUUUUGAAUAAAAAAAACAAUGCAUCAUCAUUAUUUUUCCCGCGACUCCCAUCAGUAUUUUGCCUUAUGUCAUGAUUUCUGAAAAAAUACAUUUUUUGCCAUUUUUACUAAAUAUUUUUGUCAGCUCGGUCCACGACGCGAAGUCGAAGAAGAAGACGACUCCAGAAAACGCAGCAACAGCAAAUUGACGUUGCUCAAAGACACGGUCGACGCUCUUCGCGAGAAGAAAUAUGUCAAAGGUUUUUCUUUUUUCUUUCAAAACCAAAAAAAAAUCAAGACGUUCAUAAUAUCUUUGGCAAAGUUCAGUAUGAAUAUUCAGUGGAGUGA